GCCUCUUCUUCUUAAACUCCAAAGCAAUGCAGCUCAACAUCAGAGGCAAGGUCCAAGGUCCACUUGACUGUCACCAGUACCAACCAUCAUUAAAGUGGUAGUAUUUCGAGGAGCCCGGCACAGAAGACGUAGAAGGAUUCAUCAGAUUAUCAGAUCGAACCAGAGAACGCUUCAAAGAUGAUGAUACAACCAAGCAUAUUCUUUCUUUUCCUGCCUUCGCUAGUCUUCUCGCAAGGUUUAGAUCUUGGCGGAGGCGUUAUCACUCGCACCAAUGUUGAUCUCUUGGCAAAUUUGGCAUUGGACCUUCGAGAUAUUCGGGCAUCUCAAGACCCAGAUACAAUCUUGCGACUGUAUCUUGACGGUCGCAAUGCCGAAGACACCCCUGGAUUCUACUACCCUCUGAAGAAGCUUGCAGACACCAUGAGCGAGGAGGAAAAAGGGUUCACACCAAACUACAUCUUCCAUCUAUACGGGCUAGCUGACUUGUCAGAAGAUGACUACACGAAGUCCCUCCAUUACUCAGACCGGUCUAUCCGUUCUACCAUCACGACAAAGACGGAGCUGACUGCCGAUGCGAUUGUUGCCUUGGACACCUGGAUGUACGCCACUCAUGUGCUACAUAAGGGGGUCGAUUUGUGUUCAAGGCGAGCGGCAGCCGAUGAUCCAGACAGGUUGGAAGACCUUGGAGGUGGUGGAAUGGAUGAGUUUAUUGCGCUCUGGAUCGGAAAAGAACAAACGCCUGCUUCUUCCGAGGGACAUAGUCUAUAUGCUUUGUCCCAAGACGUUGGGCAGUAUUUUGGUACCAACCUCCCCGAGGCGCAAGUCAAUGAAGACCUGAAGCUUCUCUACCAGCAGGGAGCUGGUGUUCUCAGUUUGCCGCAUGCCUGUACGAAAGAGGGUGAUGCAACUGGGGUGCAGCAGUUGUGGAACGUUGCACAGCAAAUGAUUUCCAAAAUGUACAUUCCACUGGUACAAAUGCUUAUCCACUCGCUUGUGAUCGAAGACGAAGACUUGGCGGCGCUUUAUGCCAUGGCUAUCGUACCUCAAGUAUCCCAGUGCCAGCCAAGCGUCUACAAGAGACUCCAUGGCGCUCUGUUGACCGGCAAUGUCAACUUUGCAAAGAAGAAUGAGAUCUUGAAUGACAUUGACAUCGUCAUCGAUUGCUUGGGAUUGACGUGUGAUGACAUCGGCACGUAUCGGGACGAGACUUACAGCUGCAGUGCUGCCAACAAGGGAUCAGUCAAGGCGUUGGCAGGCUAUUACCCGACGACAAAUGUCCAUUCGUAUGCCAAGUUGGACCUUGAUAUUCUGCAGCUUCGCAUUCUCACGUCGCUGGAUUCAUGGCAUUUUGCAAGGUACAUCUAUCAGUUUGGCCGAAACUCGCUGAAGGAGAGAGACAGUGACAAUGAUGUCUAUGAACUGUUGUCUUUGCACGAGCUGGCUGUUGCAGUUUGCAGAAAGAAAGCAGAUCCUCUCUAUUCAUACUAUGUCGCCUACUUCAACCAAGUGAACUACGCCGACAUCGCAGUUGAUGAAGCUCUUCGUGGUGUCGGGAAAUGGAAGACCAAGGAACAGCGUCGAGAGGUUAUUGUUGCAACGUGCGCUUUCCAGAUUGUCUUUCUGUACUUGAUUGCUGAAGUAAAAGAAACUGUGCAGCAAUGCCGCGAUCCUGCCUUUGACCCGGUCGACGCGAGCAUGCAUCCAUGGGACGAAGUUGCAGCGCUACUCGUGGGGUCACUCGAAGGGCCUCAAGAAGGAGGCUCCUCGGAUAUUGCUGACGGUCAACUGAUAUUCAACCUCGCAAACAGUCGCGCUUUUCAGUUUCAAACACUUACCGAUGAGGGAUACUCUCAGGUCAAUUCUGACUUGGACGACUUGCUCUUUGCUGGCAAGGGCGAACUGGACGCGAAGGAUUGCGACAAUCUCGAAUCAACGGCGCAACGAAUCGAGAAACUGGCUAUAGUUCCUAUGAUUCAAAGCGCCAUGAGAUAUGCAGUGGCAUUGGAGAAGCUCGACAAUGCCAACGAUAGCGUCGAGGCGGCACUAGGGGAAGUCUUUGCAUUUUCGGUUCUUCCUAUUCUGUUCGCCGCUGAUUCCGAAUCAGCCGAAGUCAUUCGCGAGAAUAUGGAAGUCAUGGAGGGGACACCGUCAGUACGCAACGGGGCUCAAACCGUGGCAGAUGCAUUCGGUGCCGCUGUUGAGGCAUGGGGCCUCGCCUGUCCUAACCUCGGGUACACGUCCAAUGCCGACCCUUGUCUCUUGCAGGGUGGACACUCAAAACCAAGAUCGUACAGUCGAUCAGCUGCUAAAAGCUGCACAGAGAGUAUCGCAUGGCUUUCAACUGGCAUCACACUCCUUGUUUGGUUGGCAUUGUAGGAACUAGUAGGGUUGAGUAAAGUACUACAUGUAGUAUAUACAGUGUUAUGCAUU